GAAUGUCCAAAACUGGACAUGGUGUAAGAAGGAGGAGGAGUUGGAGGAGGAGUUGGAGGAGGAGGAGCUGGUCGCACCACCAGCUGCAUGGUCUGAGGAUGACGCGGACGAUCCAACUCUGCCGGAGCGUGGCAACGACGAUGAGGAGGACGACGCGCAGGACCAGCGGCCACGGAAGAGGGCGCGUGGAAGAGGAUCCAUCAUGAGACACAAUAGCAACGCGCGGCAGAACGAACGGAACUUCAUGAAGUGGAUCAAUCAGCAGUUCGUUCUUGCUCGACAUGGAGCCAGCCGAUGGCGCAAGGUUUUUUGGCACAUUUGUGGGUUUGGCUGGAAAGUUUUGAGUUUUAUGGCUUAUGAACGUUUGUUUGAGUUUCACGUUUUGGGGUUGAGGCUAGUGGCGG